ACCUAGCCCCACCUCCUCCCUCCCUCCCUCCCUCAGCCACUCAUAUAAACUCAAAUCACAAGCAAUUUCUGUUUAUCCCAAGUCCCAAAACAUUUUCUGGUACUCAAAAUCCAUAAUGGGUUUUAAGUGUCAGGUUUUGGUCUGUACUUUUUGUCUAGUGAUGCUUUUGUUUUUGCAAGAAACAAGAGCUGGAAUACACUCCUCCAACGCUAGCAGGUUGAAUGGGAGGAAGAAAGUGAGUGGCUGUAAUUUGUUUCGAGGGAGAUGGGUGGUUGAUACAUCUUAUCCUCUCUAUGAUUCCUCUGGCUGUCCGUUCAUUGAUGAUGAGUUUAAUUGCCAAAAAUAUGGCAGGCGUGAUAACCAGUAUCUGAAAUACUCUUGGCAACCUGAUUCUUGUAAGAUACCAAGGUUUAAUGGCGCAGAUUUUUUGAGGAGGUGGAGAGGGAAGAAGAUAAUGUUUGUGGGCGACUCACUGAGUCUGAACAUGUGGGAAUCAUUGUCAUGCAUGAUUCAUGCUGCGGUGCCCAAGGCCAAGACAACCUUUUCCAGGAGAGACUCACUGUCUUCUGUGACCUUUGAUGGCUACGGUGUAACUUUGUACAUGUAUCGCACACCAUACUUGGUGGACAUUGUUCGAGAAAAUGUUGGCAAGGUGUUAAACCUAAACUCCAUUGAGGCUGGCAAUGCAUGGAAAGGGAUGGACAUACUCAUCUUCAAUUCCUGGCACUGGUGGGUUCACACCGGGCGUUCCCAGGGAUGGGACUACAUCCGGGAUGGAUCAGCAUUGUACAAAAAUAUGGACCGAUUGACGGCAUUCAGUAAAGGAUUAACCACAUGGGGCAGAUGGGUUGACCAAAAUAUUGAUCCUUCUAAGACUAAAGUCUUCUUCCAAGGGAUUUCACCAACGCAUUAUCAGGGCAAGGACUGGAAUCAACCAAAAAAGAGUUGUUCCGGAGAAGCAGUGCCCCUAUCAGGGUCUACAUACCCCGCUGGUUCACCUCCAGCAGCUGCGGUUGUAAACAAGGUGUUGAGCUCAAUGAAGAAACCAGUUUAUCUACUUGACAUAACAACACUAUCACAGUUAAGAAAAGAUGCUCAUCCCUCAACUUAUAGUGAUGGGUCCGGCACAGACUGCAGCCAUUGGUGCCUACCUGGAUUGCCUGAUACUUGGAACCAACUCCUAUAUGCAGCUCUCAUCAUGUGAAGGUCAACAUCCAAAUCUUAGUUUAGUUUUAUUCUCUCUUUUUUCUUUCCUUUUUCCUAAAGUUGUGUAUUUAUGGGGGGGGCAGAAAUUUCUCAUUUACUCAUUGAUAGGGUGAUAAUGAUGAGCAAAAGUCAAAUGUAAAGUGAUUGGUUCUCUUAAUCACAAUAAUUGUCCUAAAAUUAUACAAAGAUAGGUGACAGUGAGAUGCCAAUGGCAUCUGAUGAUUGUGUAAGGGAAGUAGAAAUCCGCUGGGGACCAAACUUAAGUUUGUUCAAAUAUCAUUGAUUUGUUUGCUGUUGUUUAA